AUGGCGGGAGCCACCCCGCCGGAGUUCGUGUGCCCCAUCUCCGGCGAGCUGAUGGGCGACCCGGUGAUCGUCCCCACCGGCGAGACCUUCGAGCGCGGCUGCGUCGAGGCGUGCAUAGCGCUGGGCUUCACCCCGGCGGCGCUGUCGGCGUGCAUGGACCUCGCCGCGUCGCCGCCGCCGGUGCUCAUACCGAACGCCAACCUCAAGAGGGCCAUCUCCUCCUACUGCGACCGUGCUGGCUUGCCGCAUCCGUUCGCCGUCGCGCCGGAGGAGGCGAGGAGCAUUGUCCGCCGCCUCAUGGCGGCACAAGAACCUGCUCCCGCGACGCGCGUCGACGGCGGGAGGUUCGAGUCUUCGCCGUCGUCUUCGCGGGAGUUCUCGCCGCUGGGGUUGACCCAGGAAGAGGUGGUUCUGGUGAGGCUGCUCGACGACGAGCCGAGCCGGCAGGAGGGCGCGCUCGAGGCGCUGAAGCAGACGCUGCGCGGCGGCGAGAACGGGCAGCGGCGCGCGCUCUGCACGCCGAGGCUGCUCGACGGGCUGCGCCGGCUGAUGGGAUCCGUACACGAGGGUGUCAGGGUCAGCGCCGCCGCGUGCGUGGUCAACCUCUCGCUGGAGCCGGCGAACCGGGUGCAGCUCGUGCGCGCGGAGCUCGUGCCGGUGCUCGUCAAGCUGCUGGUCGCCGCAUCCCCGGAGCUGCGAGACCACGCCGCCGGCGCCAUACACAGCCUCUCGAUCGAGGAGAGGAACAGGAUACCGAUGGGCGUGCUCGGCGCCGUCCCGCCGCUGCUCCAGCUCCUCGCGAGCGCCGCCGACGGCGACCGCGCGCGGCGCGACGCCGGCAUGGCGCUGUACUACCUCUCCCUCGACGAGAUGAACCGGGCCAGGCUCGCGAAGUCGGUCGGGACGGUGCCGAUCCUCGUCAACGCCGCCGGGGAGGCCGCGCUGCGGCGCCCGGCGCUGAUGGUGAUCGCCAACCUCGCCGGCUGCGGAGAGGGGAGGGAGGCGCUCAUCGGCGGCGGCGCGGUGGCGGCGGUGGCGGGGCUCAUGCGCCGCGCGGCCGUGGCGCCCGGGUCCACGGAGGAGGAGUACUGCCUCUCGGCGCUGCACGGCAUGAGCCGCGGCAACGUCCGGUUCGGCGGGCUGGCGCGCGCGGCGGGCGCCGACGAGGUGCUCCGGCGCGUCGCGGAGGGCACCGGCGGCGGGGUGCGGCGGGAUGUGGCGUGGCGGACGCUGCGCGCCGUGGGCGGGAACGCCGGCGCCGGCGCCGCCGGGGCCGGGGGGCAGUACGGCAGCGGCGAGGACGCCGCCUCGCCGUGGUUGGACGACGUGAGCGUCAUGUCGGAGGCCAUGGCGAUGCCGCAGUUCCCGAGACGGCUGGUCGAGCAGGCGCACGGGGCGCCGCCGCGGUCGAACACCACGGCGCUCGACAGCCUCAGGCAACCGCCCGUUGGAUGACAUGUGGGUCCUGGUGUCAGUGUCUUACCACGCUGGUGCGAUUUGAUCUUCUCCUUUUUCUCAUUUUUCUUAA